CGACCUGCGCGCGUAUUGAUCCCGCGCUGAUCGGCAUUCGCUCACCCCAUGGCGGCACACUGGAUUGCGGAUGCCUUCGCGUAUACGGGGACCGUUUUCACGUUCCUGUAUUUCCUGAGCCCAGUGACCACCUGCAAGCGAGUCAUGGACUCCAAGGACGUCCGAGAGUUCUCAGCCUUUCCGUUUGCCAUGGGCAUCUUCAACUGCUCGAUAUGGGUCUACUAUUACGCAGUGACCAUGGCAUCCUCUGCAGCUGAUUUGACGCCCAAUCUCCUAAUCAAUGCGGUCGGAUUAUUCAUGUUUAUCAUCUACAUGUUCAUCUUCUUGUUUUACGCAGGGAGUCGCUUCAAAGAAAUUGCGAGGCUUCUAGCCAUCACCCUUUUUGUGGAGGCCAUCUUCAUCGCCUUCUUUGAAGGUGUCGUCCCAGGUUUGAAGUGGGACUUCAACUUUGGCAAAGAGCCUCAACCGCUCAAAAGCAGCCUGAGCGGUCUGGUUUGUGUGAUCAUCAACGUCUUGCUCUAUGGCUCGCCCCUUGCGGUGAUGCGCAUGGUGAUUGAGACGAAAUCGGUGGAGCAGCCAGAGGACCGUUCUGAUGAUGUCUGUGGUUUUAGACUUUUGCUAACGUGAAUCGGGACUUGGCACAGCCUGUCCUAAGCCUGUCCGGCCGAGAAGAGCUUGGCGACAGGCCACCCGGAGCAACAGCCGACCCUUCGAGGGAAGAGAACGGUGAAGGGCAGCAUUUGAGCGCCGCUUCGGGAGAAAAAGAGAUUUCGAUGCAGGGUGGGGAGCCAAGAUCCCAAUGAUGAUUUUUCGGGGCUUGUGUAAGGUGAGGGGUCUUUGAUGAUUUGUUUCUAAUGUCAGCGCUCUUGGGAAUUUGUGGUGAAACGGACGUCCUAUGUUGAUUGGACGCCCUGUGGCCCUGUGGUUACUUUAUGUUUAUUGAAAACUCACCCGGCGCAGGGCCUGGGAAAAAGAGAGGUCACGGGCGGCUACGGCCGUCCCCCUUUGGAACAGGGUUUCUCAAGGGCCAGGUGAAGGAUCAAGUCUGACAAUCACUGGUGUGGGACUGCAAAUCUUUUAAGCACUCGCUUUCUACCUCCAAGAUGGACUCGUUUUCUACCCUCUC